AUAUUUAUUCGUUAUGGAAUCACACUGGCAUGGUUCAAACCUUCUCUAGGGACAAGAUUUAACUAAUAGCACGGCUUGGAGGUGCUGAAACUCACGCUCACAAGAGUUUUGUUCCAAUUGAGGCAUCUUGGGAAGAAUUUGUAAGACAUAGUGCAUAUGCCACCACUAGGCAUUUGCUGCUAGCCAUACACAGAAUUCCCAUUUAGUGUACGACUUAUCACUGCUAUGUUUUUCCUUCCAUUCAUGGAUCUUCUCUCCCUCCCAAGUUUGAGUGCCUUAGUGCUGCUUGCUGCAGCUCUCUGGUUCUCUUCUAGUAGAAGAAGAAAUCCUCCAGGAAAUCUCCCUCCAGGACCACUCAAUUUGCCAGUCAUUGGCUGUCUCCACAAGCUCGGCUCGCUCCCUCACAUUUCACUCCACAAACUCUCCAAGAGAUAUGGCGAUGUGAUGCACUUGAAGCUCGGCAGCGUGUCCACACUCAUAAUCAGCUCCGAGAGAGCUGCCAGAGAGAUUUUCAAGCGCCAUGGCCUCGAGUUUGCCUCCAGAGCUCCACUGAUCUGCGGGAAAUACUUUGGCAACGACUACAGUGGUCUAGUUUUCAGCCAAUACACUCCGGAAGUGAAGCUCUACAGGAAGCUCAUCAACACUCACUUGCUCUCCCCAACCAAGCUCAAAGUUUACGAUGGAAUCCGUCGCGAGGAGCAGUGCCGUCUCGCUCGAUCUCUCAGUUACGAGCGAGGGAAUCCGGUCCUCCUGCGGCAAAAGCUCCACAACAUGAACAUGAACGUGAUAACUUACAUGCUAUUCGGGAAGCGCUUCUGUGGACACCACAAGAACACUGCGAAUGUCGACGAGUUCGUGCAAGCGAUCGUGGAGACGGUUAGGCUGGCUGGAGUUUUCAAUGUGAGCGAUUACAUCCCUGGAAUUCGCUGGCUGGACGUCCAAGGCCUGGAGAAGAAAUACAAGCAGCUCAUGGACCGGAUAAACAGGCACCUCUUGUCGAUCUUACGAGACCGGCAAGAGGAUCCUCCGGUUUUCACCAGCGACGAGCCCAUGGCUUUCAUCGACGUGCUCAUCUCGAUGGGAGAGAAGCUCUCAAACACGACCAAAAUCACACUUCUGCUCGACAUUUUGCUGGGUGCUGUGGAUACUUCGGCUCUCUCGCUGGAAUGGGCCAUGGCCGAGCUUCUCCGGCAUCCAGCCGAAUUCUCGAGAGCUCGGAGCCAGAUUGAUGCAAUUGUCGGCAAAGAAAAGCUUGUGGACGAGUCGGACAUCGCAAAGCUUCCAUACGUCGAGGCCAUAGCCAAGGAAACAAUGAGGCUCCGGUCAGUGGCUCCGCUAGCUCUUCCCAAGAUCGUCCAAGGAGGCCCAAUCGAGCUCGAUGGCUACACCCUCCUGGACGGGACUGUGAUCUACAUCAGUAGCUACUCGAUCGGUCUGGACGAGAGGUUUUGGAAAGAUCCUCUUGAGUUUCGGCCGCAGCGUUUCAUCGACUUGCCAGACAUCGAUGUCUUUGGCCAAAAUUUCAACUUACUUCCGUUUGGAACAGGGAGGAGAGUUUGUCCCGGUGCAAAGCUUGGAUUUGAUGCUGUCCAGAUGGGUAUUGCAACGCUCGUUCAAGGAUUUGACUGGAAGCUGGAUGGAGAUCUUGAUGAUCCGGCAAAGCUGAACAUGGAUCAAACAUUUGGACUGGUUUGUCAAAAGAGUCAACCUCUUGUGGCUAUCCCAAUCCCGAGGCUGGAUUCUCACGUUUACUAGAAACAUUAGCUCAUACCAGCUUGUUUCUUCCAUAAAGUUUGCUUCCUCUCCAGGAAACUAUCAUAAUUUCGGGUGUGACGCUCGAAGAACUAUCAUGAUUCAACCAUUUGGUUUUCUAGCCUUUUAAUGAUACAACUGAUCAAUAUAACAAUGUAUCAAUUCAUGUGGAAGAAAAGUAAUCUAAAAACGUCUAUCCAGGAUCA